UCAGUGGAAGUGGACACGCCCCUUUCCGGCAGGUUUGUUUUGGCUCCGUUACGUUUAUACAGGUGAUUUAUUCGGCCUCUGAAAAGCUCGAACAAAUCGCAAUCAUGAACUACUUUGGUCUACUGCUGCUCUUUCACGUUGCCUCUUCGGUGAAACAUUCCCUGAGAUAUUUUCUUACUGCUACCUACGGAGUUCAAGACUUUCCAGAGUUUGUUGGUGCUGCAACAGUAGAUGAAGUUCAGGUGGGAUACUGUGACAGCAACAUCAAGACAGCCAAGCCCAAACAAGACUGGAUGAGGAAACUGAUCGAAAGGAAUCCUGAGCACCUGGAGUGGUAUUCUCAGAAGUGUCUUGGAAGUCAGCAUGUCUUUAGGGCAAACAUUGAUGAUUUGAAGCGACGCCUAAACCUCACUGAAGGUCCCCACAUUUUACAGAGAAUGAAUGGCUGUGAGUGGGAUGAUGAGACUGGAGAAAUUACAGGAUUUAAUCAGUAUGGUUAUAAUGGUGAGGACUUCUUAGCUCUGGACCUGAAAACACUGACAUGGAUUGCUCCAAAAUCACAAGCUGUGCUCACAAAACUCAUAUGGGAUGCUAAGAAAGCUAGAUUAGAACAUAAUAAAAACUAUUACAUCUACAAAUGUCCUGACUGGUUGAAAAAUUAUAUUCGCCAUGGAAAGAGCUUUCUGCAGAGGACAGAAAGCCCCUCCAUAUCUCUGCUCCAGAAAACUCCCUCCUCUGUGGUCAGCUGCCACGCUACAGGUUUCUUCCCUGACAGAGCUGAAAUGUUCUGGAGAAAAGAUGGAGAAGAGAUUCAUGAGGAUGUGGAGAAAGGAGAGAUCCUCCUGAACAAUGAUGGGACCUUCCAGAUGAGUGUUGAACUCAAUGUGUCAUCAGUCCCACCUGAUAGCUGGAAGCAAUACGACUGUGUGUUUCAGCUUUCUGGUGUUGGAGACGACAUAAAAAUCACUCUGGACAAAUCUGUCAUCCGUACAAACUGGGUUUAUUCUCCAGAAUUUCCAGCUGCUCCUGUUGCAGGAAUUGUAGGAGGAUUUCUUCUCAUUCUUCUUCUGGGAAUUGCUGUAGUUGUCCUCCGGAUGAAGAAAAGUACUGGUGAGGAAAAACAGUAUUCUGGUUUCCAGCUUGUUAUGGAGAGGAUUAAAAGAUGAAGAUUGAUUGUGGGGAGAGUCAAUAAAUUGACCCUUUCAGAAACAUCUCUGACUUCACACAUUCAAUGGCUUCAUAUCCAAAGAGAGCUAAUACUGGUAAUGCGUAAAAGGUUUUUGGUGUACAAUUAAGCUGGGUCCAGCGAUAUACACAAAGAUGGAAAAUACACUGGAUUAGACAUAAGCUUCACUUAGUGCAGCCAUGUCUGGUCAUCAGUCAUAGUGAGAGGGGCUCUGAAUGAACAGUUUCUGAUGCAACAACCCAAACAGUUGUUUUGUUGAUGUUGGAGCUUGACCAAUUAUGUAUGUAAUGUAUGUACUCGAGUCGAGAAAAUCUCAAUCUCGUUGUAAUCUGUUGAUGACAAUGACAAAUAAAUCUUAUCUUAUCUUAUC